GAUAAUUUCACGUUCGAUGAAUAUCGGAUACCGAUCGGACGGCUUACGAAGCCGUUUGGUCAAUAAGAAGCUUCUCGCGAAACUUGAGAAAGCAUAAUGUGCAUGUGAUGCGAACAGCAAUAUCGUGUAUCAGUGCGGUACGCGGUGCAUGUUCAAAAAUUUUAUCGAGGAGGAAAGAAACAGCAAUGAAACUGUGUGAGAAAUAAGAGAGGAAUGUGCUGUUCCGAAUCGUGAAAAGCAAGAAGUUCCAAGAGGGUGUUUUUUCCUAUAGUUAAAAGGAAAGGUCAACCCUUAUCCGGAUUCUAUACAAUGUACCGGCGGCCCACACCCACUGACUGUUUGUUCUUUAAAUUUAACCCCUUGCGACGUAUUCGAGGGUAGCAUGCCGUGUACUAUGUGCAUCUAUUAUCAAUACUGUCAUUACUUGCAAGAAAUACCUUAUAGUAAUAAACAACCUUAGAAAAUUCAUUUCUACAUGAAUAAGUUAUAUCUAUGACAUAAUCUUGAAGAUAAUAACAUUGAAUUCAACAUGUAUGCAUUAAAAAUGCAAACUGCCUGUCAGAGUGAAGCCAGUGGGGAGCCAGAAGAUCCUAGUAGCCAUCACCAAGAACCUGUUAAACCUCCAGUACAAGAUUGUAGUUCGUUUGACAUUGUUAGAGCAACACAGUAUGGAGCUUUGGAUAGAGUAACCGAAUUAGUAGAAGCUGGUGCUGAUGUAAAUCAGCCAGAUUCAGAAACUGUAACAUUAUUACACUGGGCUGCGAUAAAUAAUCGAAAAGAUAUUGUAAAGUACCUAAUUGCAAAGGGAGCUGUUGUUGAUGCAAUUGGUGGUGAACUUGCUUCCACACCGUUACAUUGGGCUACAAGACAGGGCCAUUUACCUACAGUUGUGAUAUUAAUGAGAGCAGGAGCAGAUCCAACUCUCAGGGAUUCAGAAGGAUUUUCGUGUAUUCAUUUAGCUGCACAAUUUGGCCAUACAUCUAUUGUUGCUUAUCUAGUCGCGAAAGGAGUAAAUCCGAAUAUGCCUGACAGAAGUGCAAUGACACCCCUUAUGUGGAGUGCCUAUAAAGUUAAUAGUUUUCUCUUUUAUAGUUUAGAUCCGACACGCUUGUUACUGACCUUAGGAGCGUCUCAUUCGCUUACGGAUAACUUACAUGGCAAUACCGCUUUGCAUUGGGCUAUUAUAGCAGAAAAUAGUACAGCAAUAUCGACGUUAGUUCACCAUGGUGCAUCGUUAGAUGUGCCAAAUAUUCGGGAUGAAACGCCAAUGACACUACUGGGUCGUCAUAUCGGCGCUGCCUGGUUAGGACAUAAAAUUAGUCAAGAAAUCAGAGAAAGGCAGGGCAGAACAAGAACAUGGUGUAGAGAUAAAAGAAUACGCUGGUACUGUAUGGUCAGCACACCAUUUAUAGUUUUCUAUCUAAUUGGAAUGAUUCUUCAGUCGGGAUUGGAUUAUUUAGUGAAAUUAGGUGUCUUUGUUACUCUUUACAUAGCACUAUAUUUAGCUAAUCAUUUUGUCUUUGACGAACGAUUAUUUCAUAUUAUACCAAUGUCAAUUUAUUUGGCUACAAAGAUGUGGAUAUACGUUACAUGGAUCUUUUGGUUAGGCAUACAUGCUGCCUGGUAUUUAUGGUUACUAUUAGCGGGUGGAUCAGUACCGCUAUGGAUUUGUUUCUUACAAUCCUGGAGGGGUGAUCCAGGUGUGAUCACAGCUACACAUGAAGACAAAUUAAAUACGAUUAUAGAGUUAGCAGAAUCUGGCGGUUUUGAACUACACUCAUUUUGCAGUAGUUGUUUAAUCAGAAGACCUAUGAGGUCUAAACAUUGUUCUACGUGUGAUCGAUGCGUAGCACGAUUUGAUCAUCACUGUCCCUGGGUCAACAAUUGUAUUGGUGUGCAUAACCACAAGUAUUUUCUGGGAUUUUUAGCCUCGCUAUUAGGCCUUUGUAUUGUUGUUUUAUCUGCUAGCGUACAGUAUUGGCAGUUUGAGUGUUGGACAAAUUUAACAAAUGGCCAUACUGCUGAUAAUUACCUAGUCGCUGCAGCUACAUGCGAUGCUUGGGUAAUGUGGGUCACAGCAAACACGUCUCUCCAUUUCUUCUGGGUUGGCACGCUAUUAGCUUGCCAAUGUUAUCAGAUUAUGGUUCUUGGAAUGACGACAAACGAGCGUAUGAAUGCCGGACGGUACGCGCAUUUUAAACAAGGAAAUCCUUUCCAUCGCGGUGCUAUCCAGAACGCAGCUGAUUUUUGCAAUAUAAGUUUCUGUGGUAUAAAAGCAAAACCCAGUUCAGACUGGUUACACAGUUUUGAUCACAAACAAAGCAUCGAAAAGUUACCUCUACUCGCUACGAAAGACAACUUCCAAUACAUUUAGGAUUUUUCUAAAUGGUCAAACAACUGUUACGGAAGAUAUGUAAUUUAGCCAUCAGAAGCUAACUGUGUCAUAUCAUGUUAAUGCCUCAAGUAUUUCUGGGCUACCAAAGAGUUACUACAAUAUCGGAAGUGACUUUUCAGAAAAGGUAGUGAUUUUAUGCAUAUACAGAUUUGAAUUGCAUACUGUAAACAAUUUCCUACAGUCAGUGAAUAUAAAUUUUAACAUUCAUCUACUGUAAAAGACUGUUCUUACGACGUAAGUAUGCAUAUCCCACCUUUGCGUAUUCUAUUUUCCAAAUAUGAAAUAGAAAAACAAGUUGCACAAGUACUUUGACUCUAUUUUUACAAAAGAAAAUGAUAAGAAAUUUCAUUUUUUUUUUUUUUUUCCUAUAUACUUCGUGUAAACAUAACAUUAAUACAAUUACUUUACUUUAUAGUGCAUUGUAAAUAUCUAUAUUUUCUUUUCUUGUAAUCGUAACGUAAUCGUUAAAUAUGUUCGUUUUUUCGUUACUCUUUAAUACUUUAUAUCCUAACGGGCGGUAGGUUCAAUCUAUAAAUAAUUUACUCGAGAAAAGUACAAUUUUAAUCGUACUGAAAGACGGAAUAUCUUUAUAAAAAAAAAACCAUGACAGUCGGUUCUAUAAAAUCAUUGUAUAACGUAUUUUUAUCAAUAUUAUUUAUUACACUUAUUUGUACUUUGUAGGUUUUAAGCGUUGUAGAAAUUCGUAACAAACACUCUGAACAGCAAUAUUGUCACAAUUUUUGCUAAUAUCAUAAAAUUUUCAUAUUACACAUAAGGAAUUCAGAAUUAAUAUAUAAAGAAAAAAAGGUGUAAAAAAAAAAA